GAGAGGGGUGGCAAGAGCUGAGUUGGGUAUUUCCAACUUGGACUUUCACUUCUACUAACUGGGUGGGUUGGCCUUCCCCCUGAACGAAUCAAAUUCUUCUUCAGCAUCAAUUUGAAGGGCUGGUCUGGGUGUAUCAGGGUCAGAGAACUCAGGACAGCAGAGGAAGUCGGACUAGCGGCGGCUGAAGUCUCUGUGAGGGGUAAACCAGCUGCAAACACCAUGGAGGACCAGCGAGACCUCAUCUCCAACCAUGAGCAGCAGCCCAUGCUGGGAGGAAACGCAGGAGGACAACAACGGUCCUGUGGCCAGGGAGCCUUUUACACUGGCUUCUCUGUGCUGAUGGCCUUGCUCAUUGCUGGCCAAGGUGUGACCAUCUACUUCGUGUACCAGCAGCAGGGGAGGUUGGACAAGCUUACUGUCACUUCCCAAAAUCUACAGCUGGAGUCCCUGAAGAUGAAACUCCCUAAGCCCUCCCUUCCAAUGAACAAACUCCGAAUGGCUACACCCCUGCUCAUGAGGGAGCUAGAGCCCGAGAGCCUCCCAUCUACGGACUUGACCAAGAUUGGAAAUAAUACCAAGGACCAAGUGAAGUACCUGUUACUGCAAUCUGACCCCAGAAGGUCUUUCCCUGAGCUGACCAAGAGCUUUCAGGAGAACAUGAAACAACUCAAGAAAAACAUGGAAAGCAAGAACUGGAAGAAUUUUGAGAACUGGAUGCACCAGUGGCUUCUGUUUGAGAUGAGCAAGAAGCCCGACGAACACAAGGUUGAAGAAAAGAUUGAGCCUUCUCAGAAAGUUCUGACCAAGUGCCAGCUUGAGGCCAGCAGUGUUCCUCCCGUCCACCCGGGCAAGUUCUGCCCCAAGUGCGACGAGAAUGGCAACUAUGAGCCUCUUCAGUGCCAUGGCAGCACUGGCUUUUGUUGGUGUGUCUACCCCAAUGGCACCGAGGUCCCCCACACCAAGAGCCGUGAUCGCCAUGACUGCCAUGGUCCCUUGGAUACUGAAGAGCUGAUUUCUUCUGGACUGGGUCUUCCUAAGCAGCAAUGAUCUAAGAGAAAUAAGAACUGCAAGGGCUAAUCAAAUAGUCCCAGACCUG